AUGGAAACUGUAGGUGUUCAUCAGGAGGGAAGAGAACGAUGCGGACACGGGAUAAUUUUGGAACGGUUUAUAGAAUAUCUACCGAAAGAUGGUAGAGAUUCCAAUAAUAUGUCGAGAUACCGAUAUUCAAUCAGUAAUACUGUAUUAAUAGCUAUCAUCUUAAGUUUCUCAUUACUGUUUAGGAACAUCAAACCAAAGGGAGUUAAAAUGGAAGUUUUUCGAGAGAUAAGAGCGGGAUACGUGGAGCAGAGACUUGCGCAAAAACCCUAUUUUGCUCCUGUUGCCCCACAUUCAGCACCAUCUCCGCGAAUGAUUGAACUCUACAGGAUUCAGGUGCCGCAAAGGCGUGCAUAUUUGGAAGCAAGCCUUAAAUACCAGAUAGAAACAUACAACUUCAUCUACAACAAUCUAGCACCAGAGAUAAGAACUGAAUUUUCAUUAAUGCUUAUGCUGUGCUGGUUCCUCGAAACCGGAUGCAAUUCCGAUAUGACACUAGAGACAAAGAUGACCGUGGUAUAUUGCCCCGAGUUGGUUCGCGUGGGAUCCACAAACGAUGGUGGUAAGUGGAUUUGCAGCCCAUUUCGAAUACCAAAAAACUGCACUAUAUUCUCGCUCGGAUUGUUCAAUGAGAUCACAUUUGAACAAGAACUGCAAUACAUCAUCAACAAGCGGUGUAAAAUCUAUGCGUACGACUCCAGCGACCAAGAAACUAAAACGAUGGUCUUGUUGAGUGGAAUUCGCACUAAGUUUAGAAAGGCCACCAUUGCUGCAGAAACAGACCUACAAGAAAACGAAUACUCUUUGAAAGACCUCUUGUUUGAAGCAAAUGCUGAGUACAUCGAAAUUUUCAAAUGUGACAUAGAAGGAACUGAGUUCACCGUACUCCCUGAAUUUCUCGAACAACACAAGCCGGCACAGGUAGGUUCCACAAAGUAG